AUGACAAUUCACAAAUCCCAAGGAGGUACUUACGAUGCUAUUGUUUAUGAAUACAAUCGUUAUCAUUCAAGAAAAUCGGUGUACGUUGCGUUAUCAAGAGUAACUAGUAUAGAAGGUUUGUUCUUAGUUACUGAAGAAAACGCAAGGACGAGCUGGAAAUUUUAUCAUGGCAGAGUAGGAAACGCACAAGUGGAAGAUUCAAACGCAACAAAAAAUCAAAAGAGAUCAACAACUCAUCGAGAAGAUUUAUCAAUUGAAUUGAAACGAUUACGUGAAAAUCCUUUGCAAACCUUCACCAAAACACUUCUAGAUUUUAUUUCUAAGAAUAAUAGAUUAUCUAUUUUUUCAUUCAAUUGUCAAAAUUUACGUGCGCAUGUAGAUGAUCUAGCAAUUGACGCUCUUGUUAAAAAGAUGAAUGUGUUAAUUUUAUCAGAAACUCAUAUGGGUAACGAUGAAAUAAUUGACAUUCCGAAUUUCAACUUUGUUGCGAGUUUCAGAAGAAAUAAUCGUCCAGCGGGAGGAGUAGCUAUUUAUCAAAAUAUGAACACAUUUCAUCAUUGCACAAAUUAUAUGGAUUUGCAUGUGAAAUACAAUAGCAUUUUUAGCGAUGAUGGUUCUGGUAAUAAUGAUGGUGAAAAAGUCGUCGAAAUUAUGGAUGGAAGUUGA